AUGGACCAAAAGCACGCAACGGCACAACAGCGGCAAAUCAAGGGGCUUUUAAAUCGGCUUUCUGAUAUGAACUUUUGCUCCACAAUCGCCUCAUUUGAGGAGUUGUAUUUGCAGCAUCAUGGGCAAAAUCUUACUAGCAACAUAUCGGAACAGAUUAUAAAGGCCUUGAUCGAAACACCAAAUGUAUUGGAUAGGUUUAUCCUUCAAUAUUCGACUCUUGUGGUAGCGCUUUCAUCGAUAGAAACGAUAGAUGCGGAAUUUGGCAUCUAUUUCCUAGCAGCUUUGGUGGAUCGACUCAAACGCUUCUCCAAUGUCAAGGCAACUUGCGUGACUUUUUCAAAAAUGCUAGCUUUUUUAUAUGUCCUUCGAUUGGUGCCAGAAUCUCUUAUUGUCGAAGUUUGCGAGUCGCUUUUAUGUCCAGACCCGUUCAUCAACAUGGAGGACGGAAUUAAAGUAGAAGUUGUGCUUGUCCUUAUAAAGGGUUGUGAUUGGUUAUCAUCUCGGUUCAAAUUUAUGCUUGAAGCACUUGAUGACUUGAAGAAUAACAAAAAGAAAAUAAUUAAAGGAAGCCCAACGGUGCUGGACUCUUGGAAAAAGAUUCUUCUAGAAGCAUUGAAGCAAAAGGGAAUAUUCAAGCUGCAAGAUCCUCUCGCAAUCGUGCCUCGUGAGUUUCUUUAUAAUACAUGGCCGGCUAACCUUAAAUCCCCUGCGCAUGGCAAUGGACAGUCAAUACCAACAGAAGAAAAUGGAAAAAAUGCUAAAGCAGAGCCAAAGGAAAAAUCUCUUGCAUCUGCUUUACGGAUAAAUACGCUAUUGAGAAGGCAAAUUUUGGAUGCAAUAUCAAGCUCUUCUGACAUUCUCGAUGCAAUCGAAAAGCUGGAUAUUUUCAAGUCAUCCAAGGAGAGGAGAGAAAUUCCAUCCAUUAUUUUGCUUUGUGUAAAGAAGGAAAAAUCGUACAAUCCAUUCUAUGCGCUCCUUUCUUCUACGCUUAUUCAGCGAGUAGAUGGCAUUGAUGCUACAAUUACUUUUAUGUAUGCACUUUGGGACUUUUCUAGGUCCCUUUCGGGAAAAGUUUCCAUCAGGGAAAUUUUAAAUGCAGCAUCGUUUUAUGCCGAUCUUCUGGGGAAAUCUUCCCUAUCAUUUUGUGCCCUCAAGGAGAAAUCGCCUUCGGAGAUCAAAGAUUUGUUUCUGAUGCCCGUUCUUCAUAAAAAGCAAAAAUCUUCGGUCCAGUCUGCACAGCCAACAACACCUCCUUCCGUUGUUGAGGGGCUUGAGCUCUUGUUUGCGCAAUUGAGGGGAUCCAUAUUAGAAAAGAUGGGCGAGACCCCUGAAUCAAGCGCCGUUGUCAAAUCGUCGAUUUCGUUUUGCGUCGAGGAAAUAUUUCCACUAAUUUAUAAAAGGAGCUAA